AUGGCGUCGACUAUGUCAUUCGAGCCUGAAAAAAAGCAGACUAGGCAGAGUAUCGAGCCAUCCGCCUACGAGCCUAAAUCAUCUGUUCAAAAUGCGGCGUUUGUGGGGUUGCAAUCAGCCGGUGUCGGGACGCUUGUUAGUGCUGUUCAAAAUGCGCUCGACCAACACAAUCGAGGCGCUGCUGGUAUCCUUACACGUACCGGAGGAACAAUUGGAUUCUUUACUGCGAUGGGAGCGACAUUUGCGUUCACAGAAGCUGCGGUAGCUAAUCAACGCCAGACUGACGACUCGCUGAAUGGGGCUGCUGGUGGAUGUGCUGCCGGGAUGUUGGCCGGUCUCCGAGCUCGUUCCAUCCCGAUGGCCUUUGCGUCUUGUGCAGUCAUCGGAACACUGGUCGCAUCGUUCGAUGCCGCUGGCCGGUCCUUGACCGGAGGCGUUCAGGAUACGGCAGGAAUAGAUACCAGGGCAGAAAGGCGCAGUCGAUUCUUCAAGAAGCCUCCCCCUCUAGACGCUGUGACAGAGUAA